GAGGCGGGACCUCGCAGCCGGGAAGGGCGUUCUCUUUGCGGUCAGACCGGGCAGAGUCAUCCCGAGGGGUGGGUCCUCCGGCAGCAGAGAAGGAAAACCCACCUUUUUUCAUUGUUAAAGACGCGGUGGAAUGUGAUGGUUUGAUCUCCAGCGGGCCAGGGAGGGGAAUAUCCGAGAGGAAAGGACCGACGAAAGUGUUUUCGGAAGCGGGGGGAACCAAAAAUCGUGUCCCCCCUCUGUCGUCUCCAACUCUCUGCUUGUAUGAGAGAAUAUGUGGAUGAACUUGUCCUCGCCGUGUCGGCAGCAGCGAGUCCGACCGUCCACAUGAACUCAAACCGUGUGGAGUUGUGGAUUUACCGUCGCGUUUUCCUGACCCGGCGGUGGACCAGAUAAGAUGACAGAUUCCUCUGCUAAACAUCACUCUUGAGGGAGCUUCACAGACUUAAAGGGACAAGUCACAACAACAAGGACUAAAGAGAAACUCUGAAAGGACCGGAAGGAAUUUGAUGCUACCAACAAACAAAUGUGGACCCCAAACUUUGUGAUCAAAUAAUCCUAGCAACAACACAAACUCAACAGAUCAACAGAAUUUCCUCGCCAUGUCGGACCAUAAAGACAUGACAAAUCGCCACCUGCGGCACAAGCUGCAGAGUCUCGGCAGAAGACUGGAUGAACUGGAAGAAGCAACCAACAAGCUGCAGAAAGCUGAGGAUGAGCUACUUGACCUGCAGGACAAAGUCAUCCAGGCAGAAGGAAGCAUAUCCCUUCUCGGUGAUGUGGAAGUCUUAAGGAAAUGUCUCCUAAAUCAGGGUAAAGAUGAGGAGGUACGGAAAGCUGAGGACCUCUGCCGCACAGUCAGGGAACUGGAAGAGGAAGAAACCCUUACGCAGGACCUCACUGAGAUUGAACGUCUACAACGGAGGAUGGUGAUGAACUGGAAAAAACUGGAAGAAGCUUUUGGGAAAAGCAAGUCUGACUGCAGCCAGCUCUGCCUGAGCCUCAACGAGGAGAAGAACUGACGAAGAAGCUCUCAUCGGAGCUGGAGGCGUCUCAGAGCACGUCUGAAGGAGGUUGAAGGGUCUGAGUCAAAGCUGGACAAAGCAGAGCGCUUGGCUCUGGAGUUUGAGAAGCUCAAAGGAUUUACCUUGACUUUUGUGAACGAGCGUAAGAGGCUUCUUGAAAAGCAGAGGAAGACGAGAAGGACCAUUCUGAAGUUGACUGAAAAAUUGGAGCACCAGAAGAAUCGCCUCGGCCUGUCAGCAGACCCUGGUCGUCCAGAUUUCAUUAGGUCACGAAUUGAGGAUGAGCUGUCAUCCACAGGGAUCCUCACGAGUAAACUGGUAGGUCGAAAGAAGAGCCUUGACUACUUGAAGACGCCCCGGCGACACAUAGGUCUUGUGAACAAAUCAGAGAAUGAGAAGAACAGCGGUCUUGAAGGUUCGCAGGAGGAAGACAAUAAAGUAAAGGAGCUGACCCAGGAAGUAGAGAGGUUGAGAACCGCCUGAAGCAGCUUGAGAUAGUGGAAGAGGAAUCUAAAGAACUCAGAGUCCAAAAAUGGGGAACUUCAUGAGAAGUUCCAAAUGGAACGAAAUCGGACGCAACUAAAUGAGCAAGUGGAACAGCUAAGGACACAGCUCUGUGGAAAGGGCGGCAUUGGAAGAAAUGGAACCAGUAAUGUGGAUAAACUUGGCAAUGGGAGCACAAAUGUUUGCCCCAACCCUGCUGAGUUCCUGGAGAAUGGUAAAGCUGAGAAUGAAGAGAUUCCUGUAAAAGCAGGUUUCAGGCAAGAGAAGCCCAAAUACAGGAGCCCUGCAACUGCCUCAGAACCAAGUUCCCCCAAACACAGGAACAGAGAGCUCUCUCCUCAGCAUAAGAGAGAGACCAAGCUGAGAAAUAAAGACCUGAGCCACUCAGAGGAGAGCUCUCCUAAGUCUGUAAGGAGGGCCCUCAGUCCUGCUCACAAGGUUAGGAGGACACCGAAAACCCCAGCUGCUGUGAGUUCACCUGAUAAUGGACUGAGAAAUACAGGACGAGGAGCUGAGGAAAAGACAAGAGGAGCCCCUCUCUCCUCUAUAAUACAUCUAGUGAUACUAAAAGCAUCUGUUCUCAGUCGCUACCCUCCAGCAGCGAAUGACCAGAAGCCCCUGAGGACGGCUCACAAACAGACUGACGGGGAGCCUAAAAAGAAAUUACAAAAGUUUUCAAAAUUGUAUGUUGGCAGUGACAGCGAAUCAAACAACUCUGAUGUAGUGCCUGAAAGUUCUACUAACAUAAAUAGUAUUUCUGCUUUAGAGAAAGACACAGCAUCUGCUUCAGAUCAGGAAUCAACAGACCCUGUUCAAGAAUCUGUAUCUGUCGCACCCAUCCUGUCCAAAGCCAAUGGAUCCUACACAGCCUACAGAUCCCAGUUUACUCCACUACUGCCCAGCGACCAUGGAUCAGAGGGCCAUUCAUCUGCCUCUGAAACAGAAUCAACAGGUUCAAGGCCCUCUGAACCAGAGCCCAUAACUGAAACAACUACUUCAACUGUAAGUAACAGGACUGCAGCCUCCAGAUUCCCCAGAUACUCCCAUGUCCAUGAAUCCCACUCAGAGGCAUCAUCCAGGAGCUCGUUUGAUGAAGAGCUCCACAGCAGAACACCUUUAGCUGAGGGGGGCCACCAGGGGCCAACGCUCACAGCAUCGGGGAUCGAGAUUCAACGAGUCUGCAGCCCGCGCGAGGCGCUGAGGUCGAAAGCUGUCAUCAAGCCCGCCAUUGUCGAGAUUGACAGGAAGGAGAUGAUGAUGUCAGAACCUUUGGCUUCAAACGGCAAACCCAAAAUCUCCACCAAACCAAUGGUGACCAGCACCAGUAAAAUGACCAGUAGUAUAACCAUCUACCCCAACGACCCAAUCUCCAGGACCAGCAGUCGCAGCAGCAGUGUGUCCAGUGAACACAUACCAAUCAGAGAACGCCACACCUCCACCAGUAACAUCCUUAUAGGUCCCAGCAGUGAGCACCAUGGCAGCAUCUCCGUCCCAUAUGAGAUCUCCAUCCCCAAGAGCGAGAUCACCCGGCGAUCAAGCCAGGAUCAGGACUGUGGGCUGGAUGCAAGUGAACCCUCAUCAAGGUCUAAACUCCACAACACCUCCAGAUUGGAUACCACCACCAGCCACCUGUGCCGCAGCAACUUCAGCCUCCAGUCCUCGGACACCACCUCUGCCGACUUAUACGACACCGAAUCUGGCUUUGAAAGCAGCAGCAGCAGUAGCACCACCACGGUCUCCAGCUGGAGACGCCAAAGACAAAACCAGCAGCCCCAAGAGGACAGUUUACCAGACAUGAAGAAUGUGACCGUGAGGAGCACCUGGAAGAACAAGGGAGCAGCCUCAUUGGAUGAAGCCAACCGGGGACGAGGAGGCACGAGGACAAUGACCGAUGGUGGGUCAGAAGAUGAAGCAGAAGCCACAACAACAUGGAGGGCUUACCGGGCAACCACCUUUGAUGCAGAAGAAACAAUAAACAGCCCAUCAGUGGCUGGUGGGAAUACAGAGGUGCAGAAAGGAGCCAAGCCGUCCCCUGCAGAGGUGUACAUGCGUCGGAUUAACAAUAAAGAAGUUGAGGAACCAGGAAUACGCCGUGGCAAACGCUCGCAGUCUCCCAGUGUGGAAGUAGGAAACACUGGAAGGAUCAUCCCACAUGCACCUGUUACCUCUCAGUCCUGGGGCCGAUCAUACACACCGCAACCACAGGCUUCUGAUAGUGCAGAGCCCAGUCCUAACCCGGGCCACAGCCCGGCCUCCUGGAGGCGACAGAUUCCCAGCAGCGACUCUCACCACCUGGGGAGCUCUUAUGACAGGACGACCAAGACGACAGGGGCUUCCUCCAGAGGGGAUUUGUGGUCCAGUCGGGGUCAAGGGUCAGGGGCCAGAACCGAGGGGAGGAGUGGAGCGGGGAGCAGACUGUGGAACCAUCGCCAGGCUGAGCACCAUUAGUCAGACUGGAUCUGAGCGGGACUUUGACAGCAAAAUAUCAGCACUCCAUUCAGCUCUCUAUUGCACAAAGAGGGCCAAACAUCCGCCUCCCAUCAGCUAGUGGCUCCACCGUCUCCAAAAGUCAACAUCUACUGCUUUUAAAACAAGCAAAGAAAAGAAAAAUCGCAGCCAUAUAGAACAACAACAAACCACAGACAUCCUGACUCUGACCCUGAGCGUAUGCAGAGAUGCGAACAGCUCUUCCUAUCCGGAACUUUCUCUGUCCCCAAAGAGGCAUUAAUGGAAAGACAGUGCCUGUACAGUGUUUUUGGAGGUCACCUCACCAGCCCGUGUAUCCUCUUCUGCUUCUUGUGUUGGAUGUAUUAUAGUGUAAUCCCGAAAACUUGACAAGGGAGAGGCUGGCACGUAGAGGGAUGGUCGCAGGUUUUCCUGCAUGCCAGGAAGGGUUUUAAUAAGAGUACAAGGAAGGAGGACUCAAGUGUUGAGAAAGUCUUUCUCAGAGGACCAUUACAGUGACCUCAGCGGAGCUGGAUCUCAGAGUUUCAGUGUAUCAAUAUUCAUACAUCGUGGGAAAAAAACAACCAACAGCAGUAAAAAGCCUCCUCCUCCUCCUCUCACAGGGCUAGAUCUUCAUGCAGAAUCCUCCAUGAACUAAAGGAUCUUUACCUUCAAUGUGACCAAAAACAGGAAGCGAAUUACCGUCAUUUGACAACAUUAACCAUCUCUUCAUUUACCCAGCACUUAUUUGCUUUGAUGGUCCGUUUUUCUGAUGUGCUUUCAAAUAUUUACACAAAACCAUACAAACUCAUGACAAAACAAACAAACAAAAGAAACAUGCAACAUUUAACAUUGCUAAUUGUUAUCCCCGCUCUCUGGCAUGCAGCCUCAAACUGGAUCCGAUUAGGUGUCUACGACGUUGAGCAAACAUUUGCAUGUUUUAAAGCGAUGAAUGAAGAGCACUUGAAAGACUGUGACUCAGCAUGAAGUUUGCUCAAAGUUUGCAUUUAAGGAGCUGAUACUGCAUCAUAAUUGACAGACAUCACUCAUCAUUUUUGACAUUUUCAUGAUUUAUUUUUACUCUUUGUAAUUCGCUUCCUGUUCUGCAUUACCCCUUCCCUCUCUGCUCAUCUGUAUCAGGACUAAUAUGAGUCGUAGUUUCCACGCAAUGAAAUGCAAUACACUUUAGGAAAAGAGUAAUUCUGGGAUUGGGAGAAGAGUGUUGUCCAUAACGUUGAAUCAUGCUACAGUUUUCAUGGUGCUUUGUGUUACAGCUACUGCAGUCGUCCUCACUUGUGCGUUUUUUAGAGAGCCAUAGCAAAGUGGAGUCUCAGUUCUAAGCGAACAUUGGACUUCAUAUUACCAGCAAACCUGGCCUGGCAGGAGGACGUGUCUUCAGUGCUGCUGUAAACGCUGCGUUCACGCCAGCCAGUCAUUGGAAAACACAAGACUUCAAACCACAAGGAACUGACAGUCCAGCCAGUGUGUGACUGGGUUCGCCGUGCGAAUCGUCUCAUUUUAUCUUCAUUUGUUAUUUCUAUAGAGGUGUAUUAUUUUGUUACAUCGUAUCGACUUGUUGGUAUUUCAGAGCAAACUGUCAUUGGCAGGGCCUACUGCAACAAAGGGGGUGCCGUAGAAACUGAUUGAGUGGUGGCCAGUAAUAAAAUAAGGGGGUAAAUGGUGCAUAUCUGUGAAAGAAACCUCAUAUAUGUCAAACUUUUCUGUAACAUUUGAGUCCUUCGACGGGCUCCUGCUGGAUUAUAGAUCUGACAAGCGAGUUUUACUGCAGUACGACAGGCAAUGUAAACUUCCCAUGACAAAUUAAUGAAUGUGUCUUUUAAAUGCAGCUGAUAAUGACCAAUUGCUUGAUAGCUUGAUGCACCAACUCAACAUGACUGCGUUCUGUCUGUCUAACAAGACUGUAGCCAUAACUGAGAACAAACUUUAAGGCACCGUCUCACCCUGGUUUCCCUGCUGUUAUAGAGUUCAAAUGUUGUUUCAAGUGGGAAUGACGGAUCAGUUUAAUAAGUACAUUUCUCAGUUUGCUGUAAUAUUUAUCCAUCUCAAUUUUAUGUCCUGGGUCUUUUAUUGUGAAAGGGUCUGUCAGCUGGCAGGUGCUGAUUUGUCUCUUCUAUUUUUAUGCAAGCAGGAGAUUAUAUGCAAUCAAUAAUCUGUCCCUCCAUGAAACGUCUGUAACAAUGUCCGCCAUCCUGCUUCACAUGCCGAUCUGAAGUGAUCACUGUAAUAAUGUGUCCAAACGUCACACAUCUUCAUUAUGUUUUCAUUACAUGUUUUAGAAACAUCCUCAGUAAGUUAUUUCUGUGCCUUGGGAUGCUGUAGAAGUACAUCGUCCCUCGUCACGUUGUAUUCUUUGCUGUGCAGAUAAACAUUCAGCACCAGCUGUGAGGCUCACUUUUUUAUAUUUCUGACACUUGCAGGAUUGUUGAGUGGAGCGUUGUAAAAGUAUUUUGGUUGACGCGUUAAAAAAGGAAGGGAUGUCAAAACAAGGCUCCCUGAGAUUGUUUCGGACUUCAAAGCAGCCUUUUAAGAAAUAUAGGCCACACCGCCCAAAAAGCAAUGUCCUUUGGAUUUGUCUGUCAGCAGAGCAGAAAGGAUUGCCAUGUGGCCUCUUCACGGCCGCUGCUGGCUUUAUGAUUGAGCAAAAACAGACCAGACGCACUGUUGAGAGCACUCAGUGCUCACGCCAAGACUUUCUGUGCUUUCUCUAUUAUUGUUUCUACUGCCACUCUUGUUAUUUACCAAGAGGGAAUGCCAUCUUCCCUUCAGCCUGUCAUUCUUUCUACAGAUUCCAAUUUUCCUUUUAGUCCUUCGAAGAAGUCUCCCGUCCUUUCUCUUACCUCCUUUUUUAAAAUGUGUGUCUCUGUGUCUUCCUGGGAUAUCCUAAAGGAAAAGCAGUCUCCUUAACAGCGGUGAUACAUGUUGUUGGUUCAGAAGUUUUUGUUUUAUUGGAGACCAGGGGCCUGUCACCAGAAAGUGAUGGGCAGCUCCCUAGGAAGCUGAAAGGCCAGAGGUCAGGGCUGCAUCUAAUCCUGUCCUACAUCUCGACUCAGGGCUUCUACAGACAGCUUGGCAGUGAUGUCCACUUUAGGGAUAAUUAAAACGGACGAGGGCGUAUCAGAUGUCCAGCUCUGCUUGCGCUCAUGCUGCCAGAGACACACGUGGUGUGGUCGUCCGUCGGUAUGUGUGUGUGGUGUUAUCAAUAUGUCAGCGGGGGCGCUCGAUUUAAAGCUCAGAUGAUAAUUAAGGUGUCAUAAGCUGCUGCAGAUCCCAGAGUGAGAGGGCGCCGAAUGACAAAUGAGCAUGUGUGUGUUUGUCAGAGUUGGCAUGCAUAGCUCAAAUAUAUCCGAGGGUGACAUCACUGUGGGUAUGCGUUUCUGUAUUUAGCUACUUGGUGAUGCAAGUGCUAACACGAACGCCCACUGCAACCAUUCCCUCGCUGCCUCCUUUUACCACCUGUUCCCCCUUACCAGAAAGAAAUGAAAGUCUACCACGUUGACAGUCCUCCUGUUUCGCCUACCCAUCCUCACAGCAACAAAUCCCUCCCCCGAUGUCUCUACUCUUCUUUCAAUCUCACCCUUCCCUCACCCUGUAGGGAGUGCUUGGGUUUGGGGGUCCCAGCUGUCGGAAAACUGUAGGUUUAUGACGCGUCUGAGGAUUUCCCUCCUGGAGACCGGCUUCAAAGAACAGGGCUUCUUUAAAGGGCAAAGAUUACACUCUAUCCUCGGCUUAGCAUGCCGCUUUUUUUCCUUACAAGGCCCCAAAGUACACGAACACCCGCCCGCAUGUCCAUUCUGUUCAUCCAAACCUUACUAGACUGAGCCACAAGUUGAAGCCCCAGUCAUGUUUGAGGCUACUCGUGAUAUUGGUUUUAUUGGUUAUUAUUUUCAGUUGUGAGGGGCUGUAUGAUAUGGAGGAAUUUUGUAAGGGGGCAUCUGGGACCUAAGUGAAGACUUUACAGGUUUCAGGACUUUUGUGAGGCUUUAAAGAUUUAUUUCAGAGUUUUCAUUGGCUCCGCUUCUCCCUAAAUUAUUGGUCUGCAUCAGAGAAUCAAGUGAACGUCUGCUGCUAUAAAUGUAGAAAGUUCCCACCAGGACAAGAACGUGUUGAAAACUGGAGAAAGUGAAGAAAGACCAUCAGUUUUCCUGCUAACUAAAGAGGGAACACAAAUCUGGUGAAUGCAAAAACAUCCUUCAUUUCUGACUCAUUGUUUUUGUCCUUAUUGUAAAGUAGAGCUAGAACGUGCUUAGUGGAGAUUGGAGUGGCAAGGUUCUCGGGCAAUAGGCCCUUAUUCUGAAAGGCCUCCAUUGUAAGGCCGGGGUCAUGGUGUCAUUGGGUGUCAGAGGCUGUAAUCUGCACUUAACUAGCACUUAACUUUAAGACCUCAAACAACUAAUGCCGCCCUGGUCCCCUUUUGUCAGAAAGUUUCCUUUCCUUUGUCCUGGAGUUGUACUUUGUCUCUGCUUCAGUAGCUGUUUGCUGAAUGUCCCACAGUCACGUAUGUUAAGUAUUCGUCCACCAGCCAAAUUAGAGUAUUGAACAAUCAUCUCAUGAACUUCUUUUAAAGAAAUUGGCCAAUGGCUCAUGUUUGAGUGUAUUUUCAAGGUAUGGCAUCCUGUUGUACCUGCGUCUCAGCCUUCUAACACUGUGCCAAAAUCAUUCCACAGUAUUUCCAGUUUACAGUCGGAGACGCCACUAGUGUUUCCACAGAUGGAUUCCCUGUCUGUAAUGAAAUCAGAGGGAAAUAAAAAAUAGGCUUUCUCUCUCUUUUUUUGUUUACUGCUUAUAUAUGUUCUAAUUUCUUUGUUAAACAAAAGAUGUCUUAUUUUGGAAGCUAUAUCGAAUAGAUUUUAUUUAAGAAAAAUCUUGUAAUUUUGUAAAGUGGGCCUUAUUAUUGAAAUAUAUUAAGUAUUUGUCCAUCUUGAUUUUAAGAAUGACAUUUUUUGUUGCCAGAUAAUGUAUCUUCCUCGUUGUUCUUACACUCCUGGAGAGUACUUCUUCCUGUAUUUUAUGUGUUUUCUUUUAAUGCAAGACAAUUCUCACGACCUGGAGACACGAUUGCACACAACGGAUCAGAGAGAAGGGUUGUGUCAUAGUCACUGAAGAAUGAGAGCUAUGUGCGUUUUAAGCGAAGUGAGCAGGUCUGGAGCGCUGAGCGGUUUAACAUGUGGUGGUCGGUUUUUAUCGGGGUGGUGGGGGGGGGUGGGGGGACUGCUCGGUGCUCCGGCCUUGUCGCUGCUCUGUUCUUCCUCGCUCAUAAAUUCAGGGUUUGUACAUCUUCUGUGCUGUGUGUUUGUAAGUACUGCCAAAGAAAGAAGUUUGCAGGCCCCAGAAAUAUAAGUGUAUAUACAUAUCUAUUUAUAAACGCACACAAAUAAUCUUAUAGAAAUAAUCUAGCAGGCAUUGACGAAUAACUGGAUCUCAUCUAUCUUACACACAUACACGCACAGAUGCAAGACAUUCAGGCCCAUUCACUUUUUUGUAUUGCUGAGUGUUUCUUUUGUGUGCAGAGGAAAGAGACGGAUAGAGGUGUCAACACAAACUGUAAGGAAAUCAGAUCAAAAGGGUUUAUGGUUUUUUUUUUGCUUCUCAGUGUGUCGGCGAGAACUGUGUGGGGAGGUUUUUUUUCUUCUUCUGUUUUAGACUUAAUUCAUUGUGCAUGUUUUAACCUUUCUGUGGCUGGCGCACUCUGCAUGUAGGUCUCUUGAAGCUGCCAACUGUACAGCCAAACCAUAUGUAUUCCAAUAAAAAUAAAACCAACCUGUUUGUAACACGC